AUGACUGAACCAGACCACGCCAUGAUCCCAGGUAGCAAAAACUCAAUUCCAACAACAACACCUCACACAAAUACUCCACCUCCCGGUAAGAUAGACCCAUCUCCCAAGACUGUUAACAAGCUGACAGAUCAACCAGACUCAAGAACAACCGCCAAUCCAAAACAUUAA